AGAUGGAGGCAGGAUGAUGAUGAAUUGAAAGACAAGAGUGCCUACAGGGGUGGGUGGGCUUUCAAGCCUAGGCUGUGGUGUUAGUGACUAUUGCUCAUGUUCUUGCAUAUAUAUGUUUAUUUUCAUAUGUAUUUUCUUCAUAAAACAUUCAACAUCAACCUUGUACAGCAAAUAGUGGAAGAUGAACCCACUUGGUCAUGAUGCAGCCUAAGAGCAGAGAUGAUAUUUCCUCCACCUGGGAAUAGCUUUAGUCCUGUGAAAUUAGAAGGCUGUGAACCCUCCUUUGCUCCCUAGAUUCCAUAAAGAACAAGAGCACAGGACUAAAUGUUGAAGAAUUAUUCUAGCGCCCCUGAAUUUUAUCUACUUGGCUUCCAUGGCUCCAAAGAACUACACGAUAUUCUUUUUGCCACUUUCUUCUUUCUCUACUCAGUGACAGUCAUGGGGAACAUGGUCAUCAUUGUGAUUGUCUGUGUUGAUAAACGUCUGCAGUCCCCCAUGUAUUUCUUCCUUGGCCACCUCUCAGUCCUAGAGAUCCUGAUCACAUCGGUUGCUGUCCCCUUAAUGCUCCGGGGGCUGCUGCUUCCAGGGAUGCAGGCAAUGUCUUUGACAGCCUGUAGUGCACAAUUAUAUUUGUACCUUUCUUUGGGUACGUCGGAGUUAGUAUUAAUUGGAGCAAUGGCUGUGGACCGUUAUGUGGCUGUCUGUAACCCUUUGAGGUACAACAUCAUUAUGGACAGCCACACCUGCAUCUGGGUGGUCAUUGUGUCAUGGGUGUUUGGGUUCCUAUUUCAAAUCUGGCCAGUCUAUGCCACAUUUCAGCUUACCUUCUGCAAAUCAAAUGUGAUAGACCAUUUUUUAUGUGACCGAGGGCAACUGCUCAAACUAUCCUGUGAUGAUAGCCUUUUCACAGAGUUUAUCCUUUUUUUAAUGGCUGUAUUCAUUAUUGUUGGUUCUAUGAUCCCUACAAUCAUCUCCUACACCUACAUCAUCUCUACCAUCCUCAAGAUCCCCUCAGCCUCGGGCCGGAGGAAAGCUUUCUCUACUUGUGCCUCUCACUUCACCUUUGUUGUGAUUGGCUAUGGUACCUGCUUGUUCCUUUAUGUGAAACCCAAGCAAACGCAGGCAGCUGAGUACAACAGGGUAGCGUCACUGAUGGUUUUAGUGGUGACCCCUUUCCUGAACCCAUUCAUCUUCACCCUCCGGAAUGAGAAAUUCAUAGAGGCCUUUCGAGAUGUCAUGAAACGCUGCUAUCAACUCCUCAAGGAUUAGCUGUGUCCUAAGGACAAUAAUG